AUGUCCCUGCACCGCAGGUACCCCGAGUACGACUGCGUCAAGAAGGGCGGCACCUGCAACUUCUCCCCAUGCCCGCUGUUCACCUCCAUGGUCGGCUUCUGCUACCAGGGGAAGGCCAAGCCUCUGCACUGUGGUUACUACUUCACCACGGGAGGUGCCCACUGGCUGGUGAUGACAUUCUGGCUGGUGGCCCAGCAGAGUGACAUCCUCGGCAGCACCUGCCACUGGAGGCUGUUCAACCUGCCGGGGGGGGUGCACAUCCUCUGCUACCUCAGCUUCUGGGACAGCCCGUCCAGGAAUAGGAUGGCCACGUCUACAUGGCAAGUGGUGAAGACGGGCAGUGUCCCGCUGGCAGUUUACUGUGGCCUGUGCCACCCCAAGUCCACGGCCACCUGGCAGGGCCUCAUGGGGAGGCCCUGUGGCAUCGCAGGGGGUGACGGAGCAGAGAAGGAAUCAUCUCCCUGGGCCUCCGCUCUAGCUGGGGACAGGCUGGAGAGCCCCGGCACAUGCCCAGGGGACGGUCCUGAGCUAAUAAGCCUGGGGAAGCCCCCCAGCCCGCACUGGGGCCACCCAGAGGCUGGGCUGGAAAGCCGGGGUUGGGGGGAUUCCUUCCUCAGUUACCACCACUGGCUGUUGGUGAAACUUGCCCUAAAAACCAGGAAUGUGUCCAAGAUCCACGCAGCUUUUGGGGAAGACCAACCCGGCUGCUUUUGUUCCCCUACGUGGGGCUCGAGUCAAGAUGACAACCGGCAGGAAGUCGUCGUUUUCCCAGCAAGGCCGAAACCCCUCACCUCAGAGAAAGGCCCUGAGGUUCAAGGUGACUCAAAAGCAGAGGCUGACAUGCUGGAAACUUCAAGUUACGUCUCUUUCAACAGUGACAGUGAUGACAGAGCUCCUGUCCAGAAGCCAUCGGCCAGCUGGCAGGAGGGCUGCCUGGAGGAAGGGGCGGGGGCCGUGUCUCAGGUCCGAGGAAGAGCCGAGAGCUCCACGCUGUACUUCAGCGGCACUGAGGGGGCCACCUCCUCACACCAGGACAGCGGGUGGGCAACUCUGCAGGUCGGGAAAGGCAGCCCGGCUCGGCCCGCCUCGGCUCAGCGGGCCGCCGAGCCCUUUCCCAGCACCACGGCCGACAUCAGCCCCAUCCUAGGCACGGGCCCAGGCCCAGGGGGAGAUCCCACCCCAGCACAGUCUUCGCUGGCAGAUCUCGGGGUGACUCAGAGCGUGGGGAGCAGCAGGAGCCCACGAGGGACCUGGGCCUCCUGCCACGGCUGGCACGUGGCUGGCACUGUCGAAGGCGAGCCUGAGGCCAACGGAGAAGCCCUGCCUCUCAUCCGCCCCGAGUCUGAGUUCCUCGCGGGGACGGCAGCCGGAAGGGCAGGCUGGAGACCCAGACGCGUUUCCUCGUGUGCCCGCAGUCACGGUGGGUGAGACAACAGGCUGGCAAACCCAGCUGCCCUGGGUGACGGGACAGGAGAGACCCCGCUUCUGACGCUACAGCCUUGGAGCAUCAGCCAUGGCCCUCUGCACAGCUAGGAAGUGAGGGGCCGGAGGAGCUUAUUUCUAAGGCGCCCGCUGCACGUGUGCGCAGGAGACAGCCU